ACUGUGUUAUUCUUUAAUUCUCUUCACGUAAGUUGCAGAAUAGUUUCACUGUGAAUUUUGCUUCGUUUCACAGUGACUCCGACAUUGUAGUGAGAGAAGCCCUUUGUAUUUUUGUUUCUCUCUCUCUUUUCCUCGUAAUUUUAUUUUUGAGAUAACUAACAAGUCUUUGCAAAUUGCAACUUGGUUGCUGCUGUUGGCUCAAUUUCUCGUUUUCUCUCUCUACACCCAACUCACCUUCAGUUUCUGUUUUCUGCCGACUAGUUUGACCAGGAAUUAUAUAUUAGCUUGGGAUUUACGUUUAGUUAUGGUGUCAAUAUUUUCUUGUACAAUUUCGGAUUGUCUGAACUUUGAUUGCUACGAGAAACGAUGGGGUGAAAUUCAUGAGAUACGUGCCACUGCUUAACACUGGUAUCUGGCAGUUCAUUUGCAUGUUUUAGAGUUUGGAUUGAUCUCAGAAAGUUCAUUUCAGUUUAUGGUUCUUGCACGCGAGUACUGAAAACCAGCUACAAUGAAGAAGGCCAUUGGUCAAACUGUUAGGGAACUUAAAAGAGAAGUAAAUAAGAAAGUGUUGAAAGUUCCUGGGAUAGAACAGAAGGUUCUUGAUGCUACCAACAAUGAGGAGUGGGGUCCUCAUGGAUCACUUCUUGCAGAUAUUGCACAGGCAUCCAGAAAUUAUCAUGAAAACUUAAUGAUCAUGGCAGUAAUCUGGAAGCGGAUUAAUGACACUGGCAAGAAUUGGCGGCAUGUCUACAAGGCUUUGACAGUAUUAGAAUACUUGGUGGCUAAUGGGUCAGAGCGAGUCAUAGAGGAAAUUAGAGAACAUGCCCACCAAAUAACGACAUUGUCCAAUUUUCAAUAUAUUGAUUCCAGUGGAAGAGACCAGGGAAACAACAUCAGGAGGAAAUCACAAAGUCUCGUUCUCCUUGUCAAUGAUAAAGAAAGAAUCAAAGAGGUUAGACAGAAGGCUGCUGCUAACAGGGACAAAUUUCGCAACAAUUCAACUGGUGGAAUGUAUAGGCCUGGUUCAUAUUCAAGCAUUGGAUCUUAUGGUGAUAGAUAUGAAGAUGACCGUUAUGGAAGCAGGGAGGAAGAUAGAAGUGGUUAUGGCUAUGGCAGAGAAAAAGAAUGGGGCUAUAGAGACGAUGAUCAGUAUAGUAGUAACAGAGAUCGUUAUGGCAGAGAUUAUGAGGAACGCUAUAGCAGAGAUGGUUACAGGGAUGAUGAGUACCGUAGAAGUGUUGACGAUGACCAAUAUGGCUCAAGAAACAGGAGAUCUGAUAGAGACCAUGAUCAUAAUUUUGAUGAUGAUGGUCAGCGUUCAUCUCGAGGUAGCAGUGCUAAAGCCGAAGACCAUUCACUGGAAGGAAGGUUAGAGCGGAAACUUUCUGAGCAAAAUGUGGAUGCUCCUCCCAGUUAUGAAGAAGCUGUUUCUCAAAGCCCUUUACACUAUGAAAGGGAUGGGGAAAUUUCAGCUGCAUCUGCCCCAAAAGGCUCUUCUCCUAAAAGUGACAACCCACACCAAAAAACCUCUGCUCCUACAGGAUCUUCUCUUGUAAGCGAUAAUCCAAUAGAAGCAACUGCUGCUGCCAGUACUGGUACAUCUGAAAACCGUGAAGUUGAGGCUUUUGAUGAAUUUGAUCCUCGUGGUCAUCUUGUAUCAGCUGCCCCAGCUCCUGCUAAUAAUGUUGAAAUGGACUUGUUGGGCUCCCUAUCUUAUUCAUUCUCUUCAAAUGCAUUGGCUCUUGUGCCUUCUGCAUCAGAAACCACAACCUCUCAAGGAAAUGCAAACCUUGAGUCAACAGCGUCAUUUGCACUGCCGCCAUCUGCAUCCAAUAACUUCAAUCCGGUGUUUGAAGACCCAUUUGGUGAUUCACCAUUUAAGGCCGGUCCUUCCACUGAAACUGCUCCAUCUCAUCCCCAGACUCAUCAGGGUCUUGCGCCAUCCCUGUCAAGUGGUCCUAAUACAGAAUCGGUCUCCAACUUUAGGUUUGGAGUCUCAUUUUCAGUUCCCAGUGCCAAUGAGACUAAGCUUUUGUCUAUGUCGCCGCCAUCACAGGAAACUGAUAUUCUUGCAGACAUUCUUCCCCCUGCACCAUUACCUGGGACAACCUCACAGCAGAACUUUUCAGCUCCUCCUGAUGCUCAAUUCUUAUCCUCCUUUUCAGCUUCAUCAGGGCAAAUGGCACCACAGUCUUUUUUUACACAGUCUGGUCAACACGUGCAGCAAGAUUUCUCAGCUGUAACCAGUCAACCUGCAGCACAAUCCUUUUCAGCUCCUGGUGGCCAACCUCUACAACCCCCACCAUCAGUUCCCACUAGUCAACAUGCACAGCAACCCUUUCCAUCUCACACUGAUCAAUCUGCACAGUCAGUUAGUCAUAUAUAUGGUGGAUUUCCUUCCCUGGCUGCUGGCUCUAUGACUCAAGAAGCUUCUUCAGCCAUGUUCCCUCAAUCUCAAGGUGGACAUAUGAACCAGACCUAUGAACAAGGAUCUAUGCCACUUAUCCCUUUACACACGGCUCCCCAAGCUUCAACAGGACAGAGUGCAAACUAUUUGUCUUCUCAAUCCCCCAUUGAUCAAGCAUCACAGUUUAACAGUGGGAACUUGUCGGGACAGUCAUUUAACCAUCAACCACUUGGUCAAGGAGUACAUGCUUCACAGAAUGCUGUUUCUCAGCCACCCAAGGACAAGUUUGAGACAAAAUCGACAGUUUGGGCAGACACACUUAGCAGGGGGUUGGUUAAUUUGAAUAUAUCUGGACCUAAAAUAAACCCUUUAGCAGAUAUUGGAGUUGACUUUGAUGCCAUUAAUAGGAGGGAAAAGAGGAUGGAGAAGCCCACCACGACAACGGUAACGUCAACUGUAACAAUGGGUAAAGCUAUGGGAUCUGGUUCAGGUAUGGGCCGGGCUGGUGUGGGUGCUCUUAGACCUCCACCAAACCCGAUGAUGGGUCCUGGUGUUGGUAUGGCACAUAUGGGUAUGGGAGGCUAUGGAGGCAUGAACGUGCCUAUGGGUAUGGUGCAGAUGCAGCCACCACCUUUUGGAUUUCCGCCUGGGUCCAACAUGCCUGGAAAUUAUAACUCCAUGAUGAGAAGAGGUGGUUAUCCUCAACAUCCGUACAGUGGUGGUGGCUACCGAUGAGAUUUAUAGCAAUGUCAAAGAGUAUAAGAUUGAGCACUAUACCUAGAUAAGAUCAUAGCAAGGUAAAGUAGUAUUAGUUUAUGACGCAAUUGUUUUGCUACACAGUUUAGAGAACGGCACGGCAAUACAUCUGGUCUACAUCUUGCAAUCGUAUUUCUAACAAUAGAUGUUAUCCUUAUACUUGUUUUUUUAUUAUGCUUUCCACUCAUUUUUAUAGGUGUUUUGCUGUGUACCAGUGACCCCAUCAAAUAACCUUACUUGGGUUAUUGGUUUUUUUUUUUAUAGUUAAUACCCCCAACGCCAACCAGAGUAGUGUGAUAUUAAUUAUAUUCUUUUCGCCUUGUGCCUUUUUUUUACAUCAAUGUUUACAUGUGAUAAUAAUGCUGA